AUGAAACUAAUGGAAUCAGAUUUUAAAAUGUUGCAUGGUGAUAAAUUAAGUAAAUCUUCUGGAAUAAUGACUACACUAUCAAGCAUGAUAAAGUCUAACAUUCAACAUCUGAACUUACCACAAGAGGUUGUCAUGUGUAUGGUACGAACUAGAACAUUCAUUCGACUCAAUAAUAUGAAUCGCGAAUUGAAAUGUGGUUUACUACAUAAAAAAUUAAAAAAAUUCACUUCUUAA